CAAAGGUCGCCGCGCUCGAUGAAGCCGUUUCCCAUCCCAAGAUAUUUUCUUGUGCUCCGCGACCCGCGCAAACGCGGGCGUCUGACCGCCCGAACCCCACCCAGCGGCAGAAGCGUUCGACUCACAAUUCCUACCCACGGCAUAUCCCUACGACGACGCGCUGGCUCUCUGUUUGAGCUCCCGUCACCAUGACGGACACCCCAGAGCGCAAAGAUGGCGCAUCACCAGCUCCCAGCCGGCCAAUACUAAAACUGCGAAUAGGCUCGCAGGCGCUGUCAUCGAUCACGAGAUCCCCCGCAUCAUCCGCGCCCGCAUCCACGCCGACGGCCAUGGCCGAGACUCCGACAGCAAGUGCCAAGAUCCGAGUCAAGCUCAAAAGCUCGCGGCCACCCACCCCGGCGAUCGAGGCUGGCCCUCCGAUCUUCGGGCCACCGCGGCCGCCGCCGUCCUCUGCGCCGUCAAACAUGAAGACAAAGUCUGGUCGGGUUAUGAAGCCGAGCGCAAAAAAGCGGGCUAAGGACGACGCACUUAGCGAUGUUGAAACGUCUACUCCUUCGACGAUCAAGCGGAUCAAGCUCACCAAGUCGGCCGCGCCGUCCCCGGCCGUCAAGUUGAAGUUCAGAAGGACCGGCAACGCACCGCACCACCCGCCCGGAGACGGAUACGACUCGGAGCUGGAGGACCGCGAGACCGACCCGGUCAUUGAGGAGCAGUUCAUCCUGCGCUAUGAGGGGGGCGUGGAGGAGGACCUCGAUUACCUGGCGCAGAUGGUGGAUCAGAAUCGCAUAGGCCUGCCCCCCAACGGCCAUGGCAAGGAGGGCAGGACGCCUGCUGAAUUCGCCAUCAAGUGGCUGAGUGCCGAGCGGAGGGCCCUUGUGCGCAUCCGCAGCAAUUUCUAUGCCGCCGUGCUGGUCGAUUUUCCUACCAUCACCGAGAGCAUGAAGACGUGGGACAAGAAGAACCUGAUGAAGACGGCAGACAUCUGUCAGAUGCUGCUCAUCUUCGCCAAGGUCGCCAACGAGCAGGAAGCCAAGACGGUCCCGCUCCCCGCGCCCACCAACGAGACCGACUUCAGGUGGCCGCACGGCCUGACCCCGCCCAUGCACGAUGCCGUCCAGCGCCGGUUCCGGAAACGCCUGACCAAGAAAGAAGUUAAGGACAAGGAGGCCGAGCUCAACCGGCUGCUGGAGGCCGACCGCCAGGCUGCCGACGUGCGGUAUGAGCUCGUUAAUAUCGGGCACGACGGCAAGGAGAAGAUUGGCGAGUAUCCCGAUGACGAGCAGGAUGCCGAGGGCGAGGACGACGAGGAGAUGGACGGUGGUGCCCAGGCCAAUGGCGACUCACACGGAGAUCUCUUCGACGACGACGGGGAGGAUGACGGAGAGCCAGACGCAGAUCUGCUCAACGAGCUCGAGGACGUGCUGGCCGGUGACAUGCUGGGCGAGGAAGAUGGUCCAACCCAGGACGCACCAGCAAUGCCAUCAGCAAACGGCGAUGAGACCAACACGCCCGCUGCCCAAGCCGAGUCGGGGGCUGAGGACGACGGCGAAGACGACGAUGAUGACGACGACGACGAUGAUGACGACGAUCGUGAGGACGUCGACGAGGACGCCGAGGGAGAGGCUGCGGAUCAGGAUGAUACCAACGAGGCAAUAGCAGAGGCGGAGAGGCAAGUCAAGAAGAUAGAAGGAGACCUCGCCCUGAUAGCAAACCGUCUGCUCAGGACUCGUGUGGAAACUCAGCUCAAGAACGCCAAGAAGCACUUGGCUGAUCUGAUGAAGCGCAAGGCUGGGGACCAGGAUGAGGAGGAUGACGACGAGGCCUGAGAGACCUUGGAGCCCCAUGUCCAUUCUUGGCCCUCCUCUGCUGCGACACUCGACACACAAAUACCUCAUGCAUUACCACCUUCAUUCUAGGGCACGCAGGUGGGCUGAUGGCAUAAAAGAGAGCCUCCUCGUGCCCAACCGGGCGAGUGGGUUGUCACAGCAUAUACAUGCACGGGGGAAAGCGCUCGUUGAUACAAUUGUAUAAUACAAUGUAAUUCUGAAUGAGCAAGCCUCUCGAGGACGCAGCGCGAGCCAAUC